ACCACCUCACUCACUAGCAACACAACAUUAAACAAAAGGUUAAAAAGCAAUCAUGAAGAUGUCAACGAUAUUCAUCUUUGUUCUCCUGACGAUUUGCCUCACUCACGGAACUGAGGUUGCAGCAGCUGCAGAGUGUCGAGCGAAGAUCUGCGAGUUUGAUACCAUUCAACUAAGUGGAUACGAUAGAAAUGUCGGCGGCUGGGUUCCGAAUCCCUUGCGCAAUAUCUGCGACUGGGCAUGCCAAAGAAAGUUUGGAGAUUCUGUUUUUGGGCGCCGUGUUUCCUCCAAGGGCUUUGUGCCUGAUGGAAUAUCUUGCACCUGCUUCAAGGCCUGUGUUAUCCUUUGAAUUCAGGGAAGGGAUUCUCUAGCCUAGGGGAGGGAUAAUAAUUGAUUAGUUCAUUUUAAUUGUGUAUUUAUAAUAUAAACUACAUGUAUUUGAGAUAUUAGCAUUUGAAAUACAUGUAAUUUACAUUUGUUGUUUGGAUACUCAUUUGUUAUUUGUUAGUGUUUUAGAUUUCAGAUGUUUUUUAUUUUAAUUUUGAAUUUUCGGGUCACAACGUACUUUCAUUGGUUCUAGCAAUCUCAAAUGGUUACAGCGUACUUUCAUCAGGGAUA